ACUCCGCCCUGCUCAGCUACUCCCUGUUACAAACCCAACCACACUGUUAACGGCGCUAGCUCGUGCUGCGGACUUCUCGACUGCACCGGAGAAGCGACAAGAAAACAACAAUGGGCGUCCUAGAAGUUAGAGUCGAAUACUGUGGCGGAUGAGGAUAUGGACCCCGCUAUCAGGAACUCGAGAGGGCUGUGAAGGAAGAGUUUCCUGAGGCGGAGGUGUCCGGCUUUGUGGGAAGAUCAAGCAGCUUUGAGAUUGAAGUCAAUGGCCAGCUGAUCUUCUCCAAGCUUGAGUGCGGCGGAUUUCCAUAUGAGGAGGAUAUCAGAGAAAUACUGGAGACUGCCUGUGCUGGGAAACCCCUGCAGAAGAUCAACAGGAGCAAGGCACCAUGUGUCAUCUUGUAAAUAUCUCUACCCUGCUUUACCAUCAUCAGCAGUGUCAACGCAGGCCAGUGUAACCGCACACUGCCAAUACCUUUGGCCUACCUCCACCCUUUAAAAUGGUCAGGGAUCGAACCAUACUUUGUACACCCACAAAAGAGAUGCAAUGUGAUGACUUGGUACUUUCUCAAAUGUAGAUAAUGUGACUCUUCUCUGCCUUUUGGCUCCCUUCUCUAUCCUCAAUGUGGUUCUUCAGGCUGUUAAUGAUUACCUUAGCCAAAAACUUAAGGUUAGGGUAUGAUGAAUCCAUGCCUGGAGUUUCCUACUUUGAUGAGACUGAGACUGGGAGAAGAUGGCGCAGAAAGGUUUUUGAAGGAGCUCGCUUUUUAACCUCCUACAACCUCAUUGCCUGGAACUUUCUUACUGAUUGCUUUGUCAUUUGUUUCCUGAUUUCAUGCACAUACCAGUUUAUUUGCACAUGGGCAGUGCUAAAUGGUGGAACAUAUUAUUGAAGCAUAAAGGGACACUCUUUGUUGCUGCCUCUGUUGCUCCAUGCUGAUAAUAUUUUGAGUUCAUACAAGCCCUACCAUCACUGUUCAGGUAAAAAUCAAAUUUGUUACAUUAGUAGUAGAUUGUAAAAUUUAGCCUGCAACAUUUAUUUACAUAUCAAAUUGGACUUGAUGUGAAAAUUAUAGUUAAAUGUUCUGUGAUUAAAACUGACUAAAUCUGAAGCGAUCAUUUGAAGUUUUUUUCUGAAGACCACCACUCACUGGUCUGUCAGCUCACACUUCAGCUCAUUUUCCACAAAUCAUCCUGUACUUUUUCCUGAAAUGUCUGUACUGAAUUUAAAUAAAAUUGCAGCUUGUUUUAA